CUUUUUAUAAAACAAGCAAAUCAAUAUUCUACUUCUAGUGUUAAAAUGAGUCGUCAAACCUUUUUAUUUAGCCCUAAGUUUAAUAAGAAACUGAUCUAUAAUUCACCAUCAAAUAAGUAUCAAGAAUUCACUAAUGCUUAUGUGUAUAGUAUUAUGUUUAAAACUGGAAAUGAUACCCCUAAUCGAAAUAAUGUUUGUCGUGAAACUACAAAAGAAUGGAAUAAAAUUAAAAACAAGAGUAAAUCAGAAAUUGAUGAGAUAAUUAGAGAUUACCUGGCCAUGCCAAAUAACCUAUAUGACAUACAAAAAAUAAGACUAAGUGAUCCCUUGGAACGUCUUUAA